UGGAGGUGAGACACCAGCCGCCUUGCGUCGGGUGGGCUUUGUCAUUCAUGUCCCCCCCAGGCGUGGGGUGCGCUGUAGCAUGGGACCGUCAAGCCUGCCCCGAUCCCAGGGGCAGGGAGAGAGCUAGAGCCAUCGCUGCGCGUAUCCGAUCAGAGGAGUAAAAGUUGCUCACCUGAUAGAGCCAAGAUGAGGAUCCCACUGGCAAGCGGGAGAAGCCAGCCUGGGUGCCAGCCUCCCAAGAGUCUCCCAGGGCAUUCGAGUCUGGGAAGAAGAUCCACCCAGGAAAAAGAUGGGGGUGGUGACAUUUCCUGCUAGGAGACACUGACAACUUGUUCCUGCUUCCCAGGUGCUGGAGAUCUCAGAGUAGCCCUGAGGCACAAUGGCACACAGAACUGGGCUUAAUGCUAGUCAGGGGCUAGACACUUCCUCUCUACCAGAGGUGUCCCAAUUCCAGGAGGCCGUUGGCCUUUUCUUCAUGGUCCUGCUGAACCUCAUAGCCCUGGUUGCCAAUGUGGCAGUGAUGGUGGUCAUCCUCAAGACCCCUCUGCUGAGGAAAUUCAUCUUUGUCUGCCACCUCUGCCUGGUGGAUCUGUUGUCCGCCAUCUUCCUGAUGCCACUGGGGAUCAUUUCCAGCUCCUCUUGCUUCAACAGGGUGAUCUACAGCAUCGCAGAGUGCCAGACCUUAAUCUUCUUGAACAUCUGCUUCAUCAGUGCCUCCAUUCUCACCAUCUCGGUCAUCAGCGUGGAGAGAUAUUACUACAUCGUUCACCCCAUGAGGUAUGAGGUUAAGAUGACCGUUGGGCUGGCGGUCACGGUGGUGGUCUUCAUCUGGAUUAAAUCGAUCCUGGUCACAGUCUUGGCGUUGGUGGGAUGGCCUCAAGACAACGGGGCCACGAGUGCCAGUAAAUGCACUGUGUCCUGGAGCCCUGGGGCCCACAAGAAGGUCUUUGUCAUUGUCUUCAGCACCCUCUGCUUCUUCCUGCCUACCUUGGUCAUCUUUGUUGUCUACUGCAGCAUCUACAAAGUGGCCCGGAUUGCCUCCUUGCAGCAUGUGCCCGUUCUGUCUUGGACCGCUGCCCCACGGCAGCGAUCAGAGUCUAUUAACAGCCAAGUAACUAUCAUUACUACCAGAAACCUGCCUCCCAGGCUGUCCCCGGAGCAGAUGUUUGGAGGAGGAAAAGCUGCCAUGACUGUGGUCCUCAUUGUGGGUCAAUUCUUGUGCUGCUGGUUGCCAUUCUUCUCCUUCCAUUUAUUCUGCUCCAUUAACUCCGUCAGCCCGGGCAGGGGCCAUGGGGAGACGGUUGUCACCUGGCUCGCCUACUCCUCCUUCGCUUUCAACCCUUUUUUCUAUGGCUUACUGAACCGCCAGAUACGGGAAGAGCUGUCUAGGCUGGGACGGAGCUGCCUCAACAGACCCUUGAGCCAGGAGCUCUGUCUCUCCAGCCCAGAGGGUUCUGUACAGGAGAACUUCCUUCAGUUCCUUCAGAGGACCAGCUGCACGCUGGAGACCCGAUCCAGUUAUGUCAACUCCAGCCCCAGGAACACUUUGGACCAGACCAUGAUGGACUUCAGAAUUCCAGGCCAAAUCCCAGAAGAAACCAACUGAGAAAGCACAGUGGGCUGGGGUCAACUUCAUUUCCCUGCUCUCCGUAUCCUGGCCUCUGCUAGGAGAAGGAUUGAAGCAGGGUUUCAGCUAAUCCGAAGGACUCACCAACCUUUUUUUGACCUGGUGUGGGGGGGUCAGGGUUAUGACUUUGGAAGAAUAUUCCUUCAUCUGGAGUAAGUCCAGUGAAAGGCUGUUUCCGUGGCUUGGGCCGGAAAUGUUGGGCCAGCCAGGUAUCAUGGGUGGGAGCCAAAGAGGGAGAAAGCAAGAAGGCAGGGAGCUGGAAAAGGACAAAGGCACUUACUAGAACUAAUUCUCUUCCUCUCCCAGCGUUUUCCCUGACACUGACAUGUCACGAGCACCAAACUCCAGCUGCAGCAUCUGAGCUGUCAGGGAGGUUCUGCUUUUGCCUAAUCUUCUAGAUAAAUAGACCUUUUCAUGGAGGUUCAGGGAGAUCAAGUGACAUGCCGGAGGUCACUAGUGCAUCAGUGCCUCAGUUGUGGGGGAUGGAGGUAGGAGGACCUCAGGCCCCUUCUGUUUCUGCAUCCUUUGCUCAGACCACUAGGCAACACUGCCUCUCUCUGGUUUAGGGCUCAGCCAUUCCAGGAGUGAGGGCUAGCUGGGCAGCAGUAAAUUGCCUUAGCUGUGAGGGAUGGGCCCUUUUAAAAAAGGGUUUGGGUUACUUCUCUGGACUCACCCUUGUGCAGGCUCAUGGGAUCAGAGAACAGGACAUUGAUAAGGAACCAGUCUGCAGGGUUUAUCGACCCACUGAGGUCAAUAUUUAGAUAGCAGCCCCUCGUUUUGCAGGAGCAGAGCUUUGCUCCGCAGUGAUCAUUCACAAGCUAUUGACCUCUGGGAAGGCAGGUGAAACUGACACGCAAAGCUGUGACAGGAGCCAAGGGACAGCAGUGGGUGAUAGGUGCCGGCCCGCCUUAAGGCUCCUGCAGCGCCAGACGGCCUAAUCCAAAGUGAAGGCAGCUCCUUCAAUGGCUGGCUAUGACAAAUGCAGGUUGGCAGGGAGAGAUGAAGAGAGCGAGGAGUUAUUCCAGGGCAUGUGGGCCAAAUUAAUCCAUGGGACAACACCGCUGAUUUCAGGGACAGCAAAAGAACUAGCUUGCUUUAGGUGCUAUAGAAACAAUAGCAGGUGGUGAUAACAAAGGCAGUACAACCACGACUCCCCUGAUUUCAAUCACGUUACGCACCAGCAGUUCAUUGAGCUCCCUGUCUCAGGCGGGGACGGGGCAUUUCAGGAGACCCUUCACGUGUUUCUCUGCAGAGACAGCCAGCAGUAAAUGUGAAGGGCCAAAUCCCCAAAGGUAUUUAGGCUCUUAACUUUGGUUGAAAUCAAUGGGAUUUAGGCACCUAAAUACCUUUUGAAGCUCUGCAUCUAGGUGUUCUUUACUGGGUAUCUUCCUCACCCUGGCUAGCUAAAGAGGCAUUAGUAAUUAUUUUUUAAUUGACUGCUGAUGUCUUUUCAACAGAUGUAUUUUAACAACUGUCUAUUAAUAGAGGCAAAGGAAGCACCAGGCUCAGAAGCUUUGUUUGUUUUGAAGAAGAGACAGUCCUCUUUUCCUCUCCUCCCGGCACUGUGGGAAGGUGACUCUUCCUUUACUGGGAUUGCCAAAGGGGCAUUAGCCACCCACUCCCCCUAGAACUUUUCCACCCCUACCCUCCCAGCCCUAGCUGGUUGGGGCUUUUUCCCCAUCCCUAAGCAAAUUGACUCCAUUUGCAAGGUUGUAUUUUAAUCCCCAUCCCUGUCAGUUCAAGCUGCUCCUGGAAAUCAAAGCCUCAUCCUUCCUGCCUGGUUCGGUACAUCUUGUUACUCAGAAAGUGCCUGGAACGAGAGCUUUGCUAGCAACUGCCCGAGGGAUGCACAAGGCAGAUCAGCCUCCCUCUCAUGCUUGGGGCUUUGUGUCAAUAAACACAGUGGCUAUGAUUCAAUGCAGCUGUGCAGUGCCACGGGGCCAGUUUAACAGGCACUUUGCUGAUCAGAACAAACCAACACUCCCUGCUGGGUGAGAGCUGGGAGGGAAGGCAGCUCCUGCACUGGGGGGUGUCUGAGAUGCUGCGAGAUGUCCAAGAUGCUCUGGGAAAGGUGGGACCCGACAGGCUUGGUGGUGCAAGGGACUCAGCCUUGGUAAGAGGAGGACAGAACUACUAACCAACUUCAUGGGAGGCUCAUUCAUCCAUGUUCUUAAAGCACUUUGCAAUCCCUAGGCCUUAUCCACACUCAACGCUGGCAGUGGUUUAGCUAAAGCCAGUUAAACUGGUGCAAAUCCCUCUGUGGACACUUUUAAAUGGGUUUGGCAGUGGGAGGGGCUUCUGUCAAUGUAUCUUUGUGAUCGGGUGCCACUUUACAGCGACUUUGCACUCAUAACAUGGGGGAUCCAGACCUAGAACCUCUGAUAACUAAGCAAGGGGUAACAGACAACAACAUGCCAUAAUGCGCAUUUCCCGGAUCUAUUUCCUAAAGAUUCUAGUCUCCCAUUUCCGAGUGAGAUGAAGCUGUAAAAAUAAACACAGAACUGAGUUUGGGCCUUAUGUUAGAGCCUCCUGGUAAGUCAUUUCUGCCACCAAUUCCCUGUGUCUAGCCACCCGAAGAUAUUCUCCCCAC